UCAUGCCCUCACGGUUCCGGCAGGAUUACGUCAGACAACAACAUGGCGGCCACAAUUCGUCUUCUCCGAGGAAAAUUGUCGCGUUCAUCUGUGUUAGAUUUCCUUAAAAGCCAUACCUUCACGACAGUGAUCUUAAGGCUAAGCUCAGGAAAUUUAUCGAGAUGGUGGAGGCUCUUUCUUCCUUCCAAAAAGAGCUUACAAUGGAGAGUUGUAGCGGGAUCAACCGCUGGUAUGCUCUGUGGAGGAAUUACUCUUUGUAUGAGCUCAGGUGUUUCUGAGAGAAUGUGCAGAUUAGCCAAACAUAAUGACACCAAUGAACUCCAAAGACUGAUCAAUCAAGGUCAGAAUGUCAAUCAAAAGCAUCAGCUGGGAUGGACUCCACUUCAUACUGCAGCUUUUAAUGGCAGUGAGAGGUCUUUGGCACUUCUACUAAAGGCGGGAGCUGAUGUCAAUGCAAGAGAUGAAUUCAGCACAGCUUUCCGAACUGCUCAAAAGAAGCACAUGAGAUCUUUUGAUGUGAUAUUGAUGCGAGAUGAUGACUUCAGUGACAGACUCCAUCGCAGUGCUAACUUCAGUGGCUUCACUCCACUCCAUUAUGCAGCUCUUGGUGAUAGCCUUGAAUGUGUUCAACUCCUUGUGAAUGCUGGAGCCGAUCCAACUCUUAAGGAUAACUCAGGCUACCAAGCAGUAGAAUAUGCUGGGAAUGUAAAGAUUAAAGAAUUCUUGAUGAAAAAAAUGGAUGUGUAUGUGAAAGAGAAAGAGAGGAAAGAGAUUGAGGAAAGACGGCGCUAUCCUUUGGAGAUGAGAUUGAAAGAGAAUAUUGUUGGACAAGAAGGAGCCAUUCUCACAGUUGCUGCAACAAUUCGUAGAAGAGAAAAUGGUUGGUAUGAUGAGGAACAUCCCCUUGUGUUUCUCUUUCUUGGAUCUUCAGGGAUUGGAAAAACAGAGCUUGCCAAACAAGUGGCUAGGUAUCUUCAUAAAGACAACAAGAAGGGUUUUAUAAGACUGGACAUGUCUGAAUACCAAGAAAAGCAUGAGGUUGCGAAAAUGAUCGGUGCACCACCAGGCUACAUUGGACACGAUCAAGGUGGACAAUUGACAAAGAAACUCAAGGAGUGUCCAAAUGCUGUUGUGUUAUUUGACGAGGUGGAUAAGGCCCACCCGGACGUUUUAACAGUCAUGCUUCAAUUGUUUGACGAGGGUCGUUUGACGGACGGACAAGGGAAGACGAUUGUAUGUAAAGACGCAAUUUUUGUGAUGACUUCAAACCUUGCAAGUGAUGAAAUAGCAAAUCACGCAUUGGAGCUGAGAAGAGAAGCAAAACUAGCUGCUGAACAAAGAAAAGAAGGUGAUGAAGUCAGCGAAAAGGUUACUAUAUCAAGAAAUUUUAAAGAAAGAGUGGUCCAGCCUAUUCUGAAGCUUCACUUCAGACGAGACGAAUUCCUGGGUCGUAUCAACGAGAUGGUUUACUUCCUGCCAUUUUCACGCCCAGAGCUUUUAAGCUUAGUGACGAAAGAGCUGGAUUUCUGGUCAAAAAUGGCGUUGAAUCGACACGAUAUCCACAUGACUUGGGAUAAAGAAGUCUUGGAUGUACUGGCCGAUGGCUACGACGUACAUUACGGAGCGAGAUCGAUAAAACACGAAGUUGAAAGAAGAGUUGUCAAUCAACUUGCUGCUGCGCAUGAGCGAGAGCUGAUAAGUCCCGGAUGCUCCCUGCACUUAACAGUGAGCUACCCCAAAGAUAAAAAUGGACGGAACUCAGAGAAAGUAGCACCUACCAUCAAACUACAACUCAUUAAGGAAGGAAAAAAGAAAGUCGACAUUGAUGUUGGAAACUAUUUUGUUCCUGACGAUAAACUGUUCUUUUGAAGAAGAGAAAGCAAGCGACGAACGAACUGGAAACGGAAAUGAAUUUGAAUGGGUAGUCAGCAGUGAGGAUUCAAGACCAAGUGAAGAUCUUUUUACCAUUCCAGUCUUACGGUCAUGGAUCAGUCGUUGUUCAAAGGCUCACGCGCUGACACAAACAGAAUAAGUAGUUCUCGCACACCAAAAACAAGAUUUUCUUAGAACGUUCAUGGAGAGCAUGUUGGCUGAAUUGUAGUUCAGAGCCUCGUGAUGGUUAUUUUGUGAUCGAAGGAAGACUGACAUGUGUAGAUACUGUUCUGGUGAAGCCUAUUUUAGAAAUGUAAAUAUUGGUAAAGAAAUACAACAGGGCCAGGAUUGGAACGAACUCAAAGGGCGCAAAAAAUAAAAAAAAGCAACUGUUCCAUGGAAAAAAAAACUCUUAGUACUGGAUGGCUUCCAGGUGCAUCCAAAAUUUCAAAUAAUGGAGAAAAUAUAGAAACCAACAAUUUAAUAAGUAGUUGCAUUCAUCGUUGUAGUGUAUUCCGGUGAUCCAGGUCUCUCUACCCCUCCCCUCUCCUCCCUCCCCACUCCCCUCCCCAUACAUACUAAAUUCCAAUCAUCAUUGCCAAUUGCGGUUGCCUUUGUAUGGGGUUUUUACAAGGGUCUUGCUAUGGUUUUUUUAUAUCAAAGCUAAAACUAUUCCUGAAACUUAUUUAACUCAUUGUAACUUAGCAAACACAAAGUGAAUAUAACCAAAAACAUUUUUGUGCUGGAAACAUUCCAAACUGAGGAUACAAUUCGAAUCCAAGAGGAACCAUCACAGCUGUACCUCGUGUCUUUAUCCUCCUCCUGAAUCAUUUCAUAUUAUGACAUAUUCUUUUCCGUGUUCCCACUGUACUAGCAAAAUCCUCUAUAACGU